CAAAGACUGCCUCCCGUCUUGUGCCCGCUGAUCUGAUCGAAGGGAUCCUCACACCAAAGUAACCAAGACCCUAUAGUUCCAAAACAUUGCGUACUACUCACCCCUACUACAGCUUACUCCGUGUCGACUAAUCAAUCCAGGUCUCGACGAAAAAUGCAUUUCAUCGUCUCCGUCUUUACCGCCGUGGCCGUCUUAGCCACGUUCACGAUCGCCAGCGACGAUGGCAACCGUAUCGUUUGGCACGAACGCCCAGUCAGAGAGCAGUGGGGCUGCGUCACCACUUGCAGGGCUUCCUUUGUCAAGAACACCGAGUUCUACAGGACACAGUGCGCCGUCUGCAUGGAUAGGAUCAGGAACACUGUGUGCCUUGGCUGCGCAGACGCCUUCAGGGCUGGAAGAAAUAAGCACAACACGGACUUGAUUUGCAACAGAUGCCGUCAUAUUUGUACGUAUUGUUGUACAAACCGCGUAUGAGACACACUGACUUUGUGCUCGCACAACUAGCCGACUACGAUUCUACUUCCGACUUCAC